AUGGGCCUUCUUGAUCACCCAUAGACCCCGUCCAGGUAAGUAUGGAGCAAUUGUCCUCCUCGACCCUUUUUAUCAUCUCCCUUCGCUCGCACUCGGCUUCACUCUGUCGAUGUGGGAUAUAACAACCACCACCGACUAAAACUCUAAAACCCAAAAAAGAACAGAAGAACACUCUCAGGGUGACAAGAGUCGUGGAAAGAUGAAGGAGCUACUGAGGUCGUUCACUAGGCUUGGAGGUGUUAGGGGUUAUAGCGCGGGGAGGAAGGACCUUCGGAUUAAGGGGGUUAAGCAUACCAUAGCCGUUGCUUCUGGUAAAGGGGGUGUGGGCAAGUCCACCACUGCAGUUAAUCUGGCUGUUGCACUUGCUAACAAGUGUCAAAUGAAGGUUGGCUUGCUUGAUGCUGAUGUAUAUGGACCAAAUGUUCCAAUCAUGAUGAAGCUCGACAAAAUGCCAGAAGUGAAUGAAGAUAAAAAAAUGGUUCCAAUUGAGAGCUAUGGAGUCAAGUGUAUGUCGAUGGGACUUCUUGUGGCCAAGGAUGCCUCACUUGUUUGGAGAGGUCCUAUGGUAUCAAGUGCUCUUGAACAAAUGACAAGGGGGGUUGACUGGGGAAAUCUUGAUGUUCUUGUGGUAGAUAUGCCCCCUGGGACUGGUGAUGCUCAUAUUACUGUAUCCCAAAGGCUGCAGUUAUCAGGUGCAUUAAUUGUUUCAACACCUCAAGAUGUUGCAUUAAUGGAUGCUCGGAGAGGAAUUAACAUGUUCUCUAAAGUCGAAGUUCCUAUUUUGGGAAUUGUAGAGAACAUGAGCUGUUUUAAAUGUCCAAACUGUGCUGAACGCUGGUUCAUUUUUGGGGAAGGAGGGUCUCGUAAGACGGCCGCUGAGAUGGGUGUGGAUUUUGCUGGCGAGAUACCAUUAGAAGUGGGGAUAAGACAAGGCUCCGACGACGGUGUCCCAAUAGUAAUAUCGGCACCUGAUUGUGAUGUCUCCAAAGCAUAUGUUGAUAUGGCUCAGAAAGUUGUUGACAGACUUGAGGAAUUGUCAAAGGAAGAACAAUCUCGUCCACAGUUUAACCUUUGAUUUUGUGCUGCCCACGUUAGCAGCUGAAUGAAACCUUUGCUACACAUUCAGCAGGGCAGUAGUGGCAGAUUCACUUGUGCAUGCGUGCUUUUUGUAAUUUUUCCUUAACAUUAUUAGAGCUGUCUUGACCUGCGAGUUAAGUAGGGAAAAUGCCAAGUCCUUUUUAGCCCUAGCGGUAAAGGGUGGGUGGACUUGGUUAUGGAAAUUUGUCGCAUUCUGCAAGUGACUUGUAGCUCAACUGAUUUAAAGUAGUAACUGUCCUACUCAAGAUCUUAUGUUCGAAUUCAUGACCUCCAAUAUCGCGUGUAUCAACAAUCAUGGUCAUGUUUGCAGUAGGUGCACCUGGAAACCCUAAUUGAAGUGUUUGUAGUAGGUACACUUCCCAAGAAGUCCUUAAGGUGCUGGAUAUUUUGAGGGUUAGAACCAAUUUGCAUGUAUUCUUCUUUUAGCUUUGCAAACUUGCGUUUCCAUCCAAUCUCUGUCAUGAUGACGACAGAAUAUGGUUCAUAUUUCCAACCCCCCUGAAUAGGGAAGCUUUAGAACAUGCAUCUAAAAUUUGGACCUCUAAUAGUGGACCUAUCUUUUAAAUGGAUUAUUAAAGAACAAGUCAACCA